AUGGCGCCCAAGCGGACAACCCGAAACCCGGAGCUCAUCCCCGGAGUCCGUAAGGUCUCACGCUCCAGGAUGUAUCACAAGCGCGGCCUGUUUGCGAUCAAGGCCAAAAACGGCGGCAAAUUCCCGCACCACGAGAAGGCUGCCGCCGCUGCUCUUGUGGCGGAGAAGCCACCCAAGUUCUACCCGGCUGACGACGUCAAGAAGCCGCUUCUCAACAAGCGCAAGCCUAAGCCCACCAAGCUGAGGGCCAGUAUCACACCAGGGACGGUGUUGAUCAUCUUGACUGGGCGGUUCAGGGGAAAGAGGGUUGUCUUCUUGAAGCAGCUCACUUCUGGAUUGCUUCUCGUUACUGGUCCAUACAAGAUCAAUGGUGUACCUCUGAGGCGCGUGAAUCAGGCCUAUGUUAUUGGGACCUCCACAAAGGUUGACAUUUCUGGAGUAAAUGUGGACAAGGUUGACGACACGUAUUUCGCCAAACAAGUUGAGAAGAAGAAAAAGAAGGGGGAAAGCGAGUUCUUUGAAGCUGAUAAACAGGAAAAGAAUGAACUCCCAGAAGAGAAGAAAGAAGACCAGAAAGCUGUUGACGCACCUUUGCUAAAGGCAGUCGAGGCUGUUCCUGAUCUGAAGACCUAUUUGGGUGCACGGUUUUCCCUCAAGUCUGGCAUGAAGCCCCAUGAGUUGGUCUUCUAG